GAUUUCGUCGGGUAUAGUUGAAAAUAUAGAAAAGCAGUUGAUUCUGCAGUGUGUUCAGACAUGCCCCAAUUUGAUGUCAUGCUAGCGACGUGGCAAACCAAAUAAAUCAGCAACAAUGUCCGGUCCACCAACGGGUGGUGGGAGAGGAUGGCUACGAACGCCUCCCCCCACUUAUUUUCGGUCCCCAUCACCGUGGAUUCCACACGGAUCAACUCCACCACUGACACAGAUAGCCUCAACGAGUUUUCAAAACACAGGAGGAAGACUGGAGGAAAUAGCAGCACAACCACAAAUCGAUCGUUCUACAGCAUUUGAAUAUGGUUCUUCAUCCAAUGAAAUCAAAUUUCAACGUACCGAUGUUCAAACGUCCAGCGGAGCUAUACAGAAAGAUAUCCAAUAUCAAAAACCGCAAGGCAUGCGACCUUUGGAUUCACAAUUCUACCAGACUUCAAUUGUUCAAACUUCAUCAAAACAGCAUCCAACCUAUCAACCACCAGUCAGCCGUUCACCAAUGUCAUCUGCGCAACAAGUUUAUUCAGAAGGCCUCACUAAUAGCCCCGUCUUUCAACGGUCGCAUCCUCCAUCGACGGCUAGCACGUUUCGUCAAAGUCCGUACCCUUGUUAUCAGCAUGGGGAUGGAUCAGCUCCGAUGAUGUCAUCGAUCGGAGAAUAUUCUGCCAAACAAGUGCCAUAUGUGGUUUACGAUUACUCGGGAGAAUAUGGUCCGUCUACAGCAGAAAUAAUAGCAAAUCAAUCGCAAGAUUAUGUAGACGAAAAGUUAGCGGAAUACCAAGCAACGAUUCAUUUAUUACAAGAUGAACAAGAACGGGUUCAGAAGAAAACCUUUGUCAAUUGGAUUAACUCGUUCCUAUGUAAGCGCAACCCACCGCUUAAAAUCCAGGAUCUGAUAAAUGAUUUGAAAGAUGGUACCAAACUUCUGGCUUUGUUGGAAGUUCUCUCUGGUGAGCGGUUGCCUAUGGAGAAGGGCAAAGUGUUAAGAAGACCUCACUAUCUCAGCAAUGUCAAUACAGCCCUACAGUUCCUAACCAGCAAGCGAAUUAAACUGGUUAACAUAAACCCAUCAGAUAUUGUUGAUGGACGACCGGCAGUGGUUCUUGGUUUAAUAUGGACAAUAAUUCUGUACUUCCAAAUAGAAGAAAACAGUCGAAUCCUCCAUUACUUGAACGACAAUCUCAGCGGUUCUGUAAGCAGCUUGGAUAGCGGUUCAACAUCACAUAUACCGAGUCCCUGUAAGCCGCUGUAUCAAGGAUCAGCCGUGUAUCCUGCCAACGAUAUGCUGAAGCAAGGCCCCAAGAAAACUUUGCUUGGUUGGGUCAAUAAUGCAUUGCCAAAACACCUUGGAUUGGAAGUUAGAGAUUUUGGCGCCAGCUGGCGUGAUGGUUUGGCAUUUUUGUCACUUAUCGAUGCCAUUAAAACAAACGUUAUCAAUCUAGCCGAAAUGAAACGCUACAAUAAUCGGUAUCGUUUGGACACAGCCUUCAAUGUAGCCGAAUCAGAACUUGGUAUUGCAAGAUUGUUAGAUGCCGAGGAUGUUGAUGUGGAGAGUCCUGACGAGAAAAGCGUUAUGACCUACGUGGCCCAGUUUUUGCACAAAUAUCCAGAUGUCAAGAAUAUCAACUCCAAAACCGAGAGUCAACAGGAACUUUAUUCUUUCUUGGAAUGGCUUCGCAACGUUAUUCGCUACUACGAUAGUUUGAAUGGAAUCUACGUAAAAGAUUAUAAUCUUUAUUCAAAGGCACUUGAUGAACGAACAGAAAAAUUAAAUUCGUACAAGAAAAUUAAGAAUAUAUAUGGAAGCAAGGCAAUUCCAGAAGUUCAGGAAUUGAAUAACCUGUGGCCUCGUUUAGAAAAACACUUACAUCAAUGGCUGUGGUAUCUGGAUUGUAGCCUGCCGGAUCAGUUUGGUGUGAUAGGGUCAUGGCUAAGCAAUGGAGAAAAAAUGCUUAAUGAUGAUGAUAUUCCUGAUAGUAUGAACGAAGAAACUGCUUCUUUGAUUAGCAAAAGAUUAGAGGCACACAAACAAUUUUUCGCAGCAUAUUUUGAAGUACUAGAAACUUUCAAUCAAUUGAAACUACUUCCCAUUGCUGCAAAAAUACCGGAGGUUCAGUUGAUAAACUUAGAGAAAAGACUCAUUGAAAUUGAGCCAAAAGCAAGACAGCGAAGAAUCAAACUUAAAUUUCUUGAACACAAAUGUUGUCUUAUAGCGUUUUUGAAUCUUUUGGAAAAUAAAAUAAAUGCUGUAAGGUAUAACAACUUCGACACAGUUAAGCAGUCACUGGAGCAAUUAAAGAAUUUUGUGACCCGAAAUCAGAUAAUGCAAGAAUUCGAGAAGGCUCUCUUGGAUAUGCGACAGGUUAUCGAGGAAUAUAAAAUGGAUGGAAACAUUUCAAAGAAGGAUGCAUACAAUAUUGACGCAUUUCUACGUGAUAUUGAAGAUCGCUGGAAAAAUGUAUCUUCAAGGUUGAUUUGCACUGAAACAAUGCUAGAAGAUGUACUUUCUCACUGGAAACGUUGGAAAGAAUUGAAAAGCACUCUAGAAAGUUGGAUCAACUCUGCUUAUCAGGCAUUGAAAUCUGCAGAAGAUGAUAAAAUGGACUUUUUCCAAAAUCUUGGUAGCUUCAAAGAUAAGUAUAAUAUGCUUGCCGAGACGUACAAAAUUUUAAAAUCUACAUGCGAUUAUGAAACAGCCGUAAUUAUUGAAAAACAGUUUGAACAGAUCAUGCAAAAUUGGGAACAUAUUUUCCAACAUACCAAACAAUAUCUGCAUGUUGGAGAUAUUUUACAGCAUAGACAAAAAUUCAAAGCUGAUACGGCCCAGCUCAGUGAAUGGAUACAAAAAUCCGAAUCGAUUUUGGCUCGCAAUAAUCUCAAAAAAUCUGAUCAAAUCAGAGAAUGUGAAGCUGAAGUGAAACAGAUUGCGUAUGAAUUUGAAUCAAUGGAAGAGCUCUUUAAAUCAAUAAGCAAAAGCUUUCAGGCACUAAUUAAGGAGUACUCACGUGAAGAAGUGGAUAGAAUGAUGAACUUGAUGAAACAGGAGAAAGAAGCGCUUGUGCGUAUAAGAGCGCAAAUUUCUUUGAAGCUACAUCUUUUCCAUCAGUUAUUAACACAGCAAGAGGCGCUUGAGUCCGGACAACGGGAAAUAACCACAUGGUUGGAUGAAGCUGAAAAUCUGCUGAUUUCAUACGCUUUUAACAAUGAUUCUCAACUCACUAAAGCGAAUCUUGUGAAACACAAAACUUUCUUCAAUAGAACGUUGUACUAUAAAUCAAUGCUGGAAAGCAAAAACAAUGUUUUCCACAGUAUACUAAAGUUGACUAAUUCUGACAACAGCAUUGAUGUGAGCGAAGCUUCCUUCAAGAUGAAACAACUAAAUGAACGUUUUACCUACGUUAUCAACAAUGCCAACGAUUGGGAGUACAAGCUUCAGGAGAACCUUAAAGCAUGGGAACGUUUUGAGGAUGCUUUCCAGAAAGCUGAGCAAUUCAAUAGACAAGCUUCUGCUUGGCAAAAUGCUAAUCUCCCAAUAGAAAAACAAUCCGACGUAGAAACCCAGCUACAAUUCUUCAAUAACGCAGAUCAAUCUUUAAUGCCCAACCUGGAAGUUUCUACAGAAGAACUUCUAAAAUACUUGCCUCCGAAUGAGCAAAGAAUUUUGAUCGACAAAAUUGAAGGUUCUCAAAAACUCUGGGGUGAAGUUAUAUCAAAAAUACCCCAACAUCUAUUAAUGCUGGAGUUUAGAAUGAAUGAAAUAUCAUUCCUCAACUACAUCAGUGAAUUAGAGAAGGAAUUAAACGGUGAAGAACAAGCUCUUAAUUGUAAUGAAAAUUUUGAGGCAAUUCUUAUUCGACACAACAACUUCUUCCAAAAGGCUGAUCUUCAGAAGACGGAGAAGAUUUUGGCGUCUUUAGAGAAAACAAACAUUGUAUUCAUGGAAACAUUUGAAAACGAUUCGCGCCUUUUGACAGCUUAUCAGAAAGCUAAUGAUACCUGGGUGCUGAUGUGCAAAAGGAUUGAAAACGUUAAAAACAUUCUACACCGAAUUCCUUCCCAAUGGAAUUCGUAUCACCAAAAAUUCGACGAAAUGUUAUUCUGGAUGGACCAAGUUGAUGUUUCCUUAAAGCAGAUUGUUGUCGAAAAAGAAACCAUCGAGCAGUUCGAGCAGGAAAAAAUUAGUUUCCAGAAAAUAUGUUUUGAAGCUGAUGCAAAACGUGAAGAUAUGAAGUGGCUCGUGAAAACUUUAGACUUUUUAUUAAGUCACGCUAACGAAGUGCAAGCCUCUCUUGAGCAAGACAAAAUAGAAAAACUGAUCGCACGAUACAAGACUUUAAUUCCCACAAUCGAAACUACUAUGAUCAGUACCGAAGUCUUUUCUAAGUGUUACACCUUCAGAAAGGAAUCUGAAGAAAUCUGCAGCCUGCUGGAUCGUAUAAGGACGCAAAGUAAUGAUAUUCCAAAUCCGGAUAGUUAUCAGAAGGUUAAUGAGAUGAUCGAAGAACAAAACUAUUCUAUCAAGGAACUGGAUAACCAAAGAACACACAUAAUGAAAAUGCUGCAGAAGGGAAAAGACCUAAGCAAAAAUUUAAAUGCACCAGACUUUAUAAACGUUGAGGUGAAAAAGCUUGAAGAUUCUUGGAAUGCUACCUAUAAUAACGCUGUUGAAAAACUCAAAUCUUUGAAAGGAAUACAAAAGGUUUGGAAUGAUUACAACGAACAAAAAGUUCAAAUUAUAAGUUUGUUGAAUAGCGCUGAAGUUGAACUGAGAUCAGAAACACCUCUUCAAUCUGAUCCUAAAAGUGUCGUACAAGACCUAGAGGCGAAAAAACAACUUGUAUUGAAUUUGCGUCAAGCUUCAUCUAAAUCCCUACUGCAGUUGAAUGAUCUGUGCCGUGAGUUGGGAAUGUCUAUUAAUCCAAACUCAAGACAAGCAAUUGCUAAAGAAAGUCAAGAGCUUGAAAAACGAGUUCGUAAUACUGUUGAUUAUGUUGAAAAAAGGGUAGAAUAUUUGGAAGAUUAUAAUGACAAAUGGAAGGAUUACAAAGAACGGUUGGAUAAUUUGAAGAAUUGGGCUAAUAAUGUGUUUCCCAAAAUGGUUGCUGCUAUUAAACAACCGCAUAUUACACCUGAGCAACGAGUUGCCAAAACUAAGCAAUUGGAAACUAUUUUGAGUGAAAAAAUGCGUAUGCUUGACGUUUUGAAUGCUAGCACCACAGAUUUAGCAUCUAAAGAAGGCAAUUUAGGAGAGAUGAAGCGCCUAAAAAAGGAGGUGUCAAACCUCCUAGGAACCUUCUCUGAAAUGAGUCAAAUGAUGAGUGCCGAAAAAAGCAGCGUAAAUAAGGAUUUAGAUACUUGGCAAAGUUACAGCCAAGAUAUCGAAUAUCUGCAAACAUGGGCCAGUAACGCUAGUCUAGCCAGUGAGCUUCAGCCAACUAAACUGAAAUCACUGACUGAUGCUCGAGAAAAGGAGGAACAGCUGAAAAAGUUUAAUAACGAAUGUCGGUCUAAAAUUAACGAACUGCGAAGCGUGGAGCAAAAAACUAACUCAAUCAAAUAUGGAAUGAGGCCAACAGAUGAAAUCGAUAAAUGUCAUAUGGCAUUAGCUACUGUAGCAGAAAAUGCAGAACAUUUGAAAGGAAAACUUAAUAAGCUGGUUACAAAUUGGUCAACAUUGGAAAAUGACCUAGAUAAAAUAAAUCAAUAUGUCAAACAGGCAGAUGCAAAGUUGCAAAAUUUUAACACUGCCAAUAUUAACCAUCUUCCAAUUGACAAACUGGAAGAGGCAAUUAAAUCACUUAAAAUUUUCAAUAAUGAAAUUUCAGAGCAACAAGCGAAAGUAAUUUCACUUAUACAUUUAUUUGAUCAAAUAAAUGGAAACAUUUCAGACGACGGGAUUCGCACUAUCAAACAAAGUAUUGGUUAUCCUGAAGAACGACUUACUUGUAUUAGCGAAAGAGUCCGUUCCAUGAUAAGCGAGCAUUAUCAAAACAUUUUAGUCCAACAACAGUUCAACACAAAACUUAUUCAAUUCAGCAAUUGGAUGGAUCAGAUAAGAUCUAGUUUGAGUGAAUUAGAAACAAUGACUUCAAAUGAUGUUGAUUUAGCACUUCAAAAUGUAUCCUAUUUAAUGGAUCAACACGCUAAUAAACAAGAUUUGUUCAAUGAUAUUUACUCUCAGAUUAAGCAAAACUCUGUGAGUGCACAACCGUCCAGUAAUGCCAUACUAGAAGAGACAUACACUUCUUUAGCAAGUAAUUAUCAGAAUUUAGAAAAUGAUUUACACAAACUGAAAAAUUACCUUCAGAAGUGGUCAGAAUUUUUGCAUUGGUAUAACAACACUAAAGAGCUAGCAAAGCAUUGUAAAGAUAGCAUUCAUAAAUAUGAUUUAAUAGGCGAAGACGAGCUAGCUGCGGCUGAUAAGAAAAUAGCAGACAUCAAAGAAAGUAUAGCCGAAUGGAAAUCGACUAUGAUGGCCUUGGAACAUUCUCCAUGCGUCAGAAUUCUUAAUGAACAGCGUAAUCCCAUAAAUGCUGUUGAAAUGAUUAUAGAUUUAGAAAAUAAAUUGAAUAUUACGAACAGUCAAAUUCAAGCGAAGUUAAAAGAAAUUUGCUUUACUAAAGAAAGGGCUCUUACUUUUAGAAAUGCUCAUCAACAGGCACUAGAUAACUUGAAAAAUAUUUCAGUUGAAUAUAAUAACACUUUAAAGAAUGUUUCAUUGGAAAAUCUAGAAGAAGUUAUAGAAAAGCUAUCCACUUUACAUGAUAAUCUUAAUCAGCAGUUAUUAGACAAAGCUGAAAUUCAGUGUGAAGGAAACUUAUUGAUGAAACAAGAGAUAGUCAGCAUUGACAAUCUACACGAACCAUUACAACGACUAGAUAAAGAAAUUGAUAAUGUUCAGCAGCAGGUAGACGAGAGCCUUGUAUGCUUGAGGGAGGUCCGAAAUGCAUACUCUGAAUUCAACAGGUGCAAUAAAGAACUUGACAACGAUUUGAAUAACAUUUCUCAAAUUAAUAGUGGUACAAUUUUAAACUUCACUGACAAGCCUUCGCUAGUGCAACAACUAGACCAACUAAAGAAUGCUUCUGAAAUUGUGAGAAAAAUCCGUAAAAAUAUAGAUUUUGUUGCAAACAAAGGGAACGAAAUAAUCAAAAAUUUUAGAACAUACAAUUCAAGAGAUUGUGAUGUUAUACUCGAAAUUUUGAGGCAAAAUAAUGUAUGUUUGAAAUCAAAUUUGGAUACGUUGAUCAAUCACAGUAAUGAGCUCGAUCAAAAAUAUGAAUUGUAUGCUCAGUUGGAAACGAUCAACUCAGAUAUUAUCGCUUGGAUAGAAGGAAUGCGUGAUAGAUUAAAUCGUGUUCAAAGUAAUCCAAGCGAUAUGGAAAGAAAAAUUAGCAUGUACAAAUCUGAACUUCCGACCCAAAUGGUAUCAAAAGAAAAUUUCAACACCAUAAUGUCUGAAAUGAAACAAUCCAAUAACGAUUUCCUACCAGACGAUAUUUCAGUAAUGAAUUCUAACCUAGUUGAAGCCCUAGCAGGAAUUGAAAAUUUUGUUGUAAGUUUGAACGACAAAGUAACGGAAUAUGCAACAGAGGAGCGUAAUCUUAAAGACCAAAUGAAAAUUAUUAUUGGAAAAUUGUACCAACUGCGGGAGGAAAUAAUGAAUUGCGAUGACGUAGCGUUGGACAGUUCGAAGCAAAUUUUAAAAUUAGAUAUUCUAAAACAGCUAAGAGGAAAGCUCAACAUCUUAGGAGCCGAAAUAACUGAAUUAAAAAACCAAUUCGUUAAUGUAGAAUCUCAAUUUGAUUCCCUCAAGGAAAGCACCAUUGCUAAAGAAAUACAGAACUUAGAACAACGGUUCGGUAUCACAAUGAACAGUCUCAACGAAACUGAAAGUAAGCUACACAAAUUAGUGGAAAAAUCUUUCAAAGAUAAACUACAAGGUAUCAAACGUUUGAUUUCUUCUCAAGUCGAAAAACUUAAAUGGUGCCACCCAGAAUCAGGCAGCGAUAUGUAUAAUCUAGAAAUGAAAAAAGCAACUAUUGGUGACAUUAGGACCAAUAUGUGUCAAUGUGAAAAUAGUUUGCAGGAAAGCAACUCGAUGCUAAAAUCUUUGUCGAAUAUUCUACCUAAAACUAAGGUAGAACAUUUGAAUGAAGAUCAAAAUGACAUUGUAAACGAGCUGCAGUUUUUGCAAGAUUCAUGUAUCAAAACUGAUGACGAGUUGAACUCGAAUAUAUCUUUAUGGAAAAGAUAUGAAGAUAUAUCGGCUGAAAUCAUUGAGUGGCUUAAAGAGAUGGAGCAGAAGCAUAAAAUGGAAACUAUUUUACUGGUAGACCUUUCCUCAGUGAAUGAAAAAAUUUCAGAAAUUAAAAACACAAGAAAUUUGAUGUCUGAAUACGAGCCAAAAUUGCAUCAAUUACUAGAAAUUGCUGAGAAAAUAAACCAUGUAAACUCAGAAUCGAGAGUUAUGCCUCUUGUGCAACAUGUGCAGUUGAAAUUCAAUACUUUUGAUAAAUAUUUUUCAAACUUGAUUGAUCGACUUGCACGAAUUGAUGCGAAGCAUUUGGAAUUCAAAACUGAAUUCGAUAAAACGCUAGCUUUCCUUAUUGAGAAAGGACAUGAGCUAUCGCAAGCGCCAAAUGGAACCGAGCAAUACUACGAAGUUUUGAAAAACCAACGUUCUUCCGUGAUUUCACAGGAAAAUACCAUCAAUACUAUAUGCGCUAUUGGUGAAAAUCUGUACGCUGAAGUUAACGCUGAAUGGCGCGAAUUUAUUCGUAACAGCAUCCAAAAGCUGAGAAAUACUUUUAAUUCUCUGGUUGAUCAGUACAAUGCAGAAGUCAAACGAGUUCAAGUUGAUAUAAUGAAUAAGAAAUCAAUUGGAGAUAGUUAUGACCAAAUUAUGAAAUGGUUUUCGGAAUUAAAAAAUAAACUGAACAACAUGCCUAAUUUGUAUGCUACAUUACACGAAAAAAAAUGUGCCUUGACAAAUUGCAAAACUAUACUCAGGGAUGUAAAAUUACACGAACAAAGUUUGGAUCAAUUACAAAAAAAGUUGAUUUCUCUUUCCAGCGACGAACACGCAGAACGAAUUGAAGAUGCGAGUGAACAAUUUUCUAAAAUUAUCAAUGAUCUAUCAGGUCGCAUUGAAUGCUUCGAUGCAAUAGUUAAAAGUCAUGAAAAUUACAUAUGCGCUUUGGAUCAAUCCAAGGAAUGGUUAGCGAAAUUACAAACUCAAUUUAACGAUAUCGUAGACGAAGACGAAUUAAACAAGGCAAAAUUACAAGAUGAUGUGCUUUCCCUUGAUAAUAUAUUAGGUGAAGAAGGGCUUGUGUUCGAUGGUAUCAAUGGAAAUUACAAUCAAUUCACUAUUGUUAUGGGUCAAACAAGUGAAAAUGGGCACUCUGAUCUAUUAAAGCUUUUUGACGAUUGUAAAAACUGUUGGAUUAAAUUUUUCGACAAGUGUCGCACUCAGAAACAAAAACUUCAAAACAUUUUGAAAGAUAUACUCAUAUUGAAUGAAAAAUUAGAUGAUUGCUUAGCAUGGAUUGGAUCGACUAAAAAUAAGAUAAAUGACAUAUCCUGGAAAAUGACACCGAAGAAAAAUGUUUCCGGGUUGUUGAAUGGAAUUAAAAAAAGUAUUGAAGAUUACGGAAACGUUAUUGGCAAAUUAAUUGAAGAUUGCCAAGCCGUUCGUGGUAAUUCUGAAAUUUCGAAUAAAAUUGGUCAAGUACAGAAUGAAUACAGAGUACUCAUGAAUAAUUGUUCGGAAGCUAUCGGUACUGCGGAGGCAACCGUGAACGAGCAAUGUGAUUUUUACAAAACUUACGACGACUUUAACCUUUCGCUAGUGGCAAAGCUCGAUAUUUUGAAUGAAUGCAAAGUCUUGGUUGGAGAUUUGAGUAUUCUUCAAAAUCGACAGACACAACUGAAGAAUAUUGCUUAUCAACGACUGGACGAUAGUAGUAUUUUUGAAGAGUUGCUUUUAAAAGGAGAAAAACUUUGCGGGCAACUUUCCACGGACGAUCGCGAGGAAAUACGCAAAAAACUCUCCGAUGUGCGAACACUAUGGGAUAAGUUCACUGAUGAACUUGAAACAGUAACUCAAAAUGUAGAUCAAUGUAUUUUGCAACUAGGUGAAUUCAGUUUACAGCAAGAGCAACUAUCCAAAUGGUUGAAGAAUAUCGAAAGCCUCAUGAAUGCCAAUGCUGAGCUUAAAAGUAAUAUUCAGGACAAACGUACUCAAUAUCAAAACCAUAAAGCUUUACAUGAUGAGAUUCUAUCUCAAAAGGCAUUGCUUGAUUCGGUUUGUAAUAAAGCAAAUCAAUUGCUUUCUAUGAUCAAAGACCACCAUUUGCACUCGUAUUUAAUAUCUAUCAAGGAAACAUUUUCAAACAUUGUUCAAAAAUCUAACGAACUUUUGGACAAUUUGAAUAAUUGCAUUCAAAUUCAUAGCAACUAUUUAACAACAUAUUCCAAACUGAAAAAUUGGAUUCAGGAAGAAAAGGAUAAAGUUAUCAUGGGUAACGACAGUUGUGGUGAUAAAAAUGAAAUUCAGAAACGCGUCGAAGCAUUGAAAAACUUGAAACUGAAUAAAUCGAAAGGAACAGACAUUUUAGAGCAGUUACUACGUUCAUUUGAAAUGAACAAACUAAGUACUGCUGAACAGGGAGUGAUGCAAAUGGAAGCAGAGAUCAAAGCUAUCCAAUGUGAUCUCGAAAAAGUGUAUGAUGAAAACGAUAAAGCUAUCGAAAACCUACAGCUACUAUUACACAGUUGGGCGGAAUUUGAAUCAAAUUUAGAAAGUCUGUCAAAAUGGUGUAAAUCUCAAGAAGGUGUUUUCCGCGACCAACAGCUCUUUGAUAACGUAAAAAAUAAAGAAGACCAAUUACAACUGUAUCGUAAUAAUCUUGACUUGAUUACAAAUAAACAAGAAGAAAUGGAUCAGUUUGUAUUAAAUGCUCAAGCCUUGUUCAACAAAACUAACGUUGAAAAAAUAAAAUUCAACAUCAACCAAUUGUUGAAUCGAUAUCAACUCUUACAAGUUUUGAGCAAGGAAGUCGUAAACCGCAUGCAAGCUAUAGUGAGCGAUCAUAUAAGCUAUGAUCAGAAAUUGGUUGAAUGUAAUGAAUCAUUUUCAAAAUUGAAAGAAGAUCUACAGACGGUAGCGGAUAAAAAAUCGACAAACCUCAAUCAAGUUUUACUUCAGAACAUAAAUAUUGAGAAGGAAAAACUUGAGAAUACGAUCUGUAGUUUGAAAUCAAUGAGCGAAAAAGUUCUCACUGAUACAAACACUGAAGGUAGGGAAAAAAUUCGUGAUGAUAUACAGAUGGUGAAGGAUCGAUGGGAUGAAAUAAUCGAUGCCAUUAAUAAACUUAAAAAACAAUUUGACAUGAAAACGGUGCAGUGGUCGUCUUAUCAAGACAUGUUGGCACAAGUAAUGGCGUGGUUGGAUAAUACUGAAAGCAAGGUAGAUUUGAAUGAUACCCAAAACUGGAACUCGACUCAAGAGAUUCGAUCAAAGUUAUUCAAAUUCAAAGCAUUAUCACAAGAAGUUUCAACACAAAAACGAGUCAUAGAUUCGUUAAACGAGAAAGCGUUACAAAUUUCACAAAAUAGUGAAGAAGAUUUAUCAGGAAAAAUAAAAUCUAUCAAUGAACGGUAUGAAAUAUUGCGAAAAUCUAUAACUGAUGUAAUUGGUCGCUUAGAGCAGUCUUUGCAAUUGUGUAAUAAAUUCAACGAACUUCAAAAAUCGCAUUUAGAUGGUCAAGAUGCAUUAUUUACAGAGCUGAAACAAUUAUCUGACGUUUCAGGGAGCAGACGAGUUGUAAUUGAAAAAAUACAAACUGCUGAAGAUUUACUUAACUCGAUUCCGGAUAUAAAAGAUAGAUUUGUUAAUUUAGCAAAGCUCAUAUCAGAUAAUAGUGAUUUGAUAACCUACAGCGCUAAAACGAUUAUGGAGCAGGACAUUGCAAACAUGAAAUCUGAAUUCGCAAAGGUGGAGCUUUCAAUUAAUGACAUUAAACAUGAUUUGGAAAAUCGUCUUUCUUUAUGGGAUGAAUAUCAAAAUGAAAUAGAACAGGUUAAUGUAUUUCUGACUGAAGUUGAAGAUCAUAUGAAGCAAUACAGUCUCAAGAAUACACUUCCAGAGAAGCAAGAACAGUGUGAAAUAUAUAAAGCCUUGUUUGGAAAGCUUAAACAAAACAAUAUACUUUUGGAUAAACUUUCAGAUAAGUCGGCUGAACUCUUCAGAAGUUGUGGUGAUGCUAAAAUUUCUUUUAACGUGCAGCAGAUAAAGUCACGCAUGCAAUCUAUAGAAAACACACUGAAAGAAAUAAGCAGGAAAUGUGAACAAGCUUAUGAGAACCACAAAAAAUAUAAAGAAAAAUAUGAAAUAUGUGAUGGAGAUUUGGACGAAAUAAAAAAUUCUUUUGAAAACGUUAGACUUGAUCAGCAAUCUUGCCUUGAAAAUGUUCUGCAAAUUACGAAAAAUCUUAAAGAAAAACAAAAUGGUCUCAACGUUCAAUGCUCCACGGUUUCAGAUAUCGGAGAAUCUUUGUAUGCAUCCACGGCAUCCAAAGGACAACAAAUAAUAAGAACUGAAAUUCAAGAUUUACUUGUAAAAUAUGAACGAAUUUUCGAUGAGAUCAAUUCUUGUUUCAUUAACUGUGAAGCAAGUAUGGCUAGAUUAGCUGGAUUUUCUGAAAAGUUUCAACAACUACGCGAUUGGCUUUCGGGUAUCUAUGAAACUCAUUCGAAGGGAAUCAUACUGAAACCUACUUUAGACGAGAAGAUAUCACAGCACCAGGCAUACCUAGAAUUGUCGAACGACCUCAGAAACCAGAUACCAGAAAUAAGCAACUUAAAAGAUCUUUUGGACAAUCUGAGUGAGCGUGAUGCCUCGGUUGAUUCGGCAUUCCAAGAGUUUAAUGAAACGUUUGACAGACUCAAUACCGACAUUCAAGCUUACACAUCGCUGUAUGAAAAAAUCAUUAACAAUCACCGUCAAUAUUGCAAGGCUGUUUUAGAGGCAUCAGAUUUUAUCGAUGCUAAUCAUAAUACGAUCGAACUAUGGGGGGAAACUGAUCUCGAUCAGGUUUCUUUAUUAGCCAAUUUGGACCGAUUGGUUGAUCUCAAACAAUCGAUUCUGACGGAGGCAAGCAGAAUUGAUCAAAUCCGUGAGUUAGGAAAGAUGACUAUACCAGAUACGAGCGAUGACGGUCAGGCGAAUAUCUCAUCUCAGAUCGAUAUUUCCCAACAAGAAUGGGAGGGUUUAAUUGUAGCCGUAGAUUCCACUAUAGGAAAAGUGCAAAUCAAAAUAUCAGAGUGGAACGAUUAUGACAAACUUCGUAUUGAAUGCAUAAACUGGAUGCGCAAUAUGGAUUCCAAGCUUCAUUCAAUUGAUUUGAAGUCUACAUUGGAUGAGAAGAAAGCUACAUCAGAUUAUCUGAAAAGUUUACAAGGAGAAGUUAAAGCGAAAGAGUUGGAAAUUGAUGAUUUUUCUGGAAAAGCUCAACAGUUGUACCGUGGUUAUCUUAGCAACAGGAAUUCACAAAUAUCGGAACUCGCUGUUAAAUAUCAACAAACAACAUGUAGAGUGAAGGAUCUUGCUACUAGGUGGCAACAAUAUGUUAUUACGCACCAGGAACUUGAAACCCAAAUUUCCAACCACAAACAGUGGUUGAAUGGAAUCAAGGAAAAACUAAAUUAUUGCGCUGACCUAUCCAAGCCUUCUGAAAAAGAGUUACAUAGCAAACUGAAAAUCAUUCAGGAUUUAAUACUGAACAAAGAAGAAGGAGCCACGUUACUACAGUCAAUCAACGACUUGGCACAACAGGUGCUCGCUUGUACAACACCAAGUGGUCACGACGCUGUGAAUCGAGCUAUAACGAUCCUUCAUGACGAAUGGUCGGUUUUGACACUACGGAUGGUGGAGAUCAAAUCAUUGAUUGAAGAAGCCAUCAAUCAAUGGUCUGGAUUUUUGGACGAAGUAAAUGAUUUGAAGAAAAAUAUUGAAUGGAUGGAAAACGAGCUAAAAUCACAUUCUGAACACCAGUCAUCUAUGGCAGAUAAACGAGCUCAGCUUGACAAAAUCAAACAUAUUGAGGAGAAAAUACGUAUCGAACGCAUCGAAGUCGAACCUUUGAAGAAAAGGGUCGAGGAAAUGAGCAUAUCAGGGCAACAAACGCAAGCAGCAGCUACAGGACAGCAAAUACUCGGAAAGUUUGAUUACCUCGCAGAUCAAAUCAGUAAGUUAUUGAACGAAAAAGAAGACCACUAUCGCGAUCAUCGAUUGUAUAAAGAAGCUUAUGAUGAUCUGUUUAGCUGGAUCAACAGAUCUAGGGAGAAAUUACCAAGUAACAAACAACAAUCACUGGGCGAUAAGCUAACUAUUGAGAAUGCAAUCGCUCCGCUAGAUUCUUUACUGAAUAAAAAAGCACAAGGUGAACUUUUAGUUGAACAAUUAGUUCACACGGGCGAAGUGGUAAUGGCCUCCACAUCUGCGAAGGGAAAAGAAAUAAUAAAGGCAGAUAUUAAUGGCCUAAAAAGCAAUUUCACAAAUCUUUAUCAAGACAUUGAAAAUCAAAAACGUAACUUUGAAAAAACGCUUUCUUUGCUACGCGAGUACAAAGACGAAUAUGAACGUUUGUCUGAAUGGCUACAACAAAUUGAUAUCAUCAUUAAAAAUCAUAAACUAGCAAUGUCCUCCAAUUUACAAGAAAAAUCGAACCAAGUUAAAGACAUGAAAGAAGUGUUAGGUCGUUUGGAGAAGGGUCAAAUGGACAUUGACAAGUUCAACACUUUUGCUGAGCCGUUGCUGAAAUCUCAUUUGGAUUCCUACAUUGGAAAUCAACUACGCCAUCUUAAUUCUAGAUAUCAGGUUCAAGUAAACAUCGCCAAAGAUGUUCUGAAGAAAGUGGAAUCAAACUAUGACACACAUAAGGAUUAUAAUGAAAACCUUGCGAAAGCCAACGCUUGGAUUGAACAUGCUAAAGAAAUCAUAAAAUAUUCUACUGAAAACAUCGAAGGCGUCAGCAAAGAAAACCUAGAAAAACGCUUACAGAAUGUGACUGAGUUAAACCAGCAACGCGAGCAAGGACAACAGUUAGUCAACAGCACUGUCAAUGUUGGUGAAAAAGUAGUCAAAACUACUAAAUCUGAUGGCAAAGAAGUAAUCAAUAAUGAAAUAAAAGAAGUUCAAAACAACUGGGAUCGUCUCGUUAAAAAAAUAUCCACUGCUAAAGUGCAUCUUGAAACUAGUUUAUUGCAAUGGGCGGACUACAGUUCCAGCUAUAACCAUUUGCAGCAGUGGAUUCAGGAUCGUGAAACUAAGCUUCAAAGAGUUUGCGAGCAAAAGGUAGUGAGGUUCAAAACAGGUACACCUACGAGUUUGAGCAGUGGCUUGAAUGAGCGCAGAGCUAAUCUACGUCAAGCGAACGACAUUGUUCAGGACAUUGUAUCAUUUGAACCAAUGAUUCAAUCCGUUACAAGUAAAGCUUCCGAUUUACAUCAAACUUCUCCAGCCUCGGAGAUUUCAACUAAAUAUGAAAGCCUUAGUAAACAGGCAAAAGAGCUUUUCGAAAAACAAAAAGAAACGAUAGAGAUACACCAAGCAUUCAUAGACCUGAGCAAUGAAUUUGCAUCUUGGAUUCGAAAUGCGAAGGAAGGUCUGAACAAAUGCUCUGAUUACAAGGGUGACAAAGACUCGUUGGUUUCUAAAAUGACUCAACUGAAAAUUCUUGAGCACGACGUUCCUGUUGGACAGAAGAAAUUGGAGAAAGCCUUAGAGCAAGCAGAAAUUGCUUGCCGUAACGUUGAUGCUGACGAUUGUGAAACUAUUGAAAAAGAGGUCGCUAUUUUACAAGAGGAAUUUGAUAAUUAUUGUUUGGCUCUCAAAAAAAUAUCAACGGCGUUGGAAAAUGGUAUUGUUCGAUGGACAGAAUACGAUGAUCAAUACAAUGCUGCCCUAAAGUGGCUGGACAAUUUCGAGCAAGAAAUUCAAGUGUAUAGUAAAAUGCAAAACAGUUUAGAAAAUAAAAAACGUGUUUUGGAAGAAUUUCAAGAUCGAUUGCAAUCGUUGUUUGAUUGGCAGCGGGAGCUAGACUGCUUAAACGUAAAGGCACAAAUACUACUGGACAUUUGCGCUGAUACUCGUGUCAGUAAUGGAGUUACUCAAUUGACCACAAAAUACAAUGUUCUGCUUUCGAUCGCAAAGGAAACUAUGCGACGUUUGGAAUUACAUUACCAGGAACAUCAGCAACAUAACACCCUUUAUGGUGAGUGCCAAACAUGGUUGGACAGAAUGCGCGAGAAGCUCAACGAGUGCGAUUGUACUGCACAAUCAAUCGUUGAAAUCCAGUCGAAACUAAACAUCAUUAAGGGAAUUCGCCAGAGUUUAGAACAGGGCCAAAACAAACUUCGUUAUUUGUUUGAACUGAAAGAAAAAAUUAUGCUCAGUACUGAAACUAGUGGAUCUUCGAAAAUUGCAGAAGAUACCGAUAAUUUGAAGCUUGAGUAUGAAACUUUGAUGGCGGAUAUCAACGAAAUACGCCAACGUCUGCUAAACCAAAUGACGCUCUUGGAAGAAAUGGAAAAGUGCUCCAAAAUGCUUUCUGAAUGGAUUGAAGAAGUACAAACAAAACUCGACGAAAAUACGAAUCUUAACGACAUUGGAGAUAAACGGGUUGCUUUAGAGAAAUUCCGUGCAAUACAACGUGAAUCUGUUAGCUAUGCUGACGUAGCUACCAAAUUAAAGAGCAAAUUGGAAGAGAACAAAAAUCGGUUUGAAGCACAUGAAAUGGUUGUUAGCAAAUAUGAAAAUGUGUAUACCAUGGUUGGGUCUGAGAUUGAACAGCUAGAGCGUCAAAUAAACCACCAUGAAAUAUUCAAGCAAGCGUUACAAGAAUUAUACUCAUGGAUUAAGACAACCCAACAAAACACCGAAAAACUGGUUGACUAUCAUGGUGAUAAAGAUCAUAUUAUAGAACAGUUGAAUAAAAUCAAUGAUAUUCGUAUGUCAUUUUCGGAGGGAAAACUGCUGAUUGAGAAUGUUCAAAGCUUGGGUGAAAAUCUUAAUCGAACGUUGAGUCCCGAAUGUCAAGAUCUUGUUAAGCAAGAAAUCGCACAAGCAAAAUCAGACUGGGAAGAUGUAGAAGAAUUAGCAAAAACGACUUACACAUCGUUGUGUGAACUUCUAGCAUCGUGGGAACAUUUCUUCGACAGAUCAGCAGAAAUAAGUUCCUUCGUGGAUGAAAUGAAAUCAAAAAUUCUAUCUGUUCAGCAAGAAUCCAAUGAAGACCAAGAAAAUAAGUUAAAGGAAUUGAAGCAUCUUUUGGAUAUUACGUUGUCCAAGAAACAUUCAGUCGAAGAGUUAAAUGACAUAUGCGAAGCGCUCAUGGAAAAAAGUGCCUGCUCUAUGGUUCGAGAUCGCACUGUAGACCUACAAAAAUCUUACUCAGCCCUUACAAAUAAUUUACAAGGGCUUGUCUCAAAAUUAGAGAAACAUUGGAUCAAUCACACUGAAUUUAUGUACUUCAAAGAUGAACUCACCAAAUGGAUAAACGACGCUAAUAGAAAAAUAAAGGAUUGUCAAGAUGCAUCAUCCGAGGACCUACCGAGCAUCAAGACCAAAAUCGCAGAUAUGCAAGAACUUUCUAACACUUCUUCGCAAGGCCAGAAACUAUUUGAAAUGCUCCAAGAUUCAUUUACAAAAUCAUCGUAUCUCUACCCGGAAGAACGCCAAACGGAAAUGUUCCAAAACAUCUCUGAGCUUCGGGAAAUUUUGGACAAUACUAUUAUGAGUAUGAACACAACAAUUAACAACCUGAACACGAAAUACAAUCGUAUGGAAUUGUAUAGCGAACUGUUUAAACGAAUCUCCGAUUGGCUGAAUGCCACAGAAAUGGUUUUCAAUUCAACUUUUGAAACUAGUGGAGAAAUGAGCGAACUUAAGACGCUUCUCGAAAGAAUUAGGCAUGUCGAUACUGAGAUAUCUUUCAAACAGAUCGACUUGAACAAUCUUCAACAAGAAGCUGCAAAUAUUUUCGACCCUAGCCGUAGCUCAGUGGAGUUAGAUAAGGUUGCCAACUUGCAGCAAAGACAUGCCAAGCUUAAUGAAAAAUGUACGUUUACGAUUAAAAAACUUGAAGUUGAAUUGCAGGAUCAAAUGACGUACUAUCAAAAUCUACAAGAUAUUGAAAAAUGGCUUCUGCAAAUAUCAUUUCAACUUAUGGCUCACAACUCAUUAUACAUACAAAAUCGAGAGCAAACUUUGGAACAAAUAGCUCAGCAUGAAAAACUGUUAGAUGAAAUACAGCGCUAUCAAACUAACAUCGACGAUUUUAACAUGAAAGGACAAAAUCAAAUCGACCGUUACUCUUCUAACGCACCUCAAAAUAAAGCAAUAAUUGAAAACCAGAUGAAAAACAUAAAAGAUAGCUAUACUUCAUUAUUGAAUACAUCUAUUCAAAUUAAAAACAGAUUACACGAUUCACUCAAUAAAUUCGAAGAGUACGAGCAGACUCUGGAUGAUAUACUCAACAACUUAGGAGGGAUUGAAUUAGGAGUAGAAGCGGCAAAGAAGGUGGCUUUUGUGGACUACGACGCAGGUAAAAUACAAUUAACGAUGGCACAGGAUUAUCACAACAAACUACAGGUCGAAAAAAGUCGUUUGAUUCACGCCAUUCAAGCCUGUGAGGCAGCAACAGCCAGCAUUAGUCGCCCAAGUUCUCCGAUUGAAAACGCAAAUCAUGUUGUGCCUGAAAAAGAAUUGAUGGUGCGUGCUAGACUGGAAGACACAAUGGAUGAUGUCCAACUGUGGAUUGCAGACGUAAUUCAAAAAUUAAAUAACUGCGAGCGUCUCCUAAAACAAAGAAAUGAACUAGACCAAUGGAUAGAGAAGCAAACAACUGUUGUCGAUGAAUGGCGCUCGAAGCCUUGCAAAUUCCGUCCUGAAGCAGCUGAACAAGAACUUCGCCAAAUGAAUGAGCUAUCAUCAAAUAUCUCCAGCAAAAUAAAUGAAUGCCCGAAGAAUUAUGCUGACAUUGAAGAGAAAUUGUGUAACCUUCAGCUAAGUUUAAAUGAUGCGAUCGAUGGGAGAACUAAACAACAACAGCGAAUUGAAAUUUAUCGGAAACACUAUGCAGAAGGCCAGCGUUCAUUGGAUGAUAUCAUACAUCAAAUGGACAAUCUGGAGAAAGCACGUGAUCUGAACUGCUCAAGCAAAAAACAGAAAAUCACUGAAAUUGACCAAAAUUUAGCAAACAGUUGCGAAAUGCUCGAAAGUUGCAAAAAAAUUGGAUUCGAAAUAAUGGAAUUUUUGAGUAGCCUGGAUUGUCAACACGUGAGUGAACAGUUGAAGUCUAUAGACCGACGUCUUCAGGAUGGCCAAAAACGACUACUCAGAAAACGAGACGCAAUUGAUUCCACUGAUAGAACAUUGAAUAAAAUCAUCAACGAUGCCGAUGAAAUUGAUCAAUGGCUUAAAGAUAAAAUGGAGCUUUUGAUUAAACCUCAUGUUCUAGACGGCGACAUCAAAUCUGCCGAAAUCCACGAGCAACUUUUGAAAGGACUGUUGAAAGACACGGAAUCGAAACAUUCUCAUAUUGAAACGUUGAACAAGCGUUUUUCGGGAAUCUCUAGCGAUUUAGAUGCUAAUGAACGCCAUUCAUGUGAAAAUAAAUUUAAACAUUUAUCAAAAGCAUCGAGUUCACUGAAAGCUGAAAUUCGCAAGCAAAUUGAGAAAAAUGUAGACGAUAUUCUUUGUCGUAAGAAUAUGAGAAACAAUUUAGAAAUGACACGUAUGUGGAUUAAAACCAAACAAAACGACAUCAACAAAAUAGCUGAUAUUUUGCCACUUUUGUCGUCUAAUCUGUCAUCGGAGAUCAAGUUAUGCAAACGACAUGAGCAAGCAAUUUGUGAGUUUCAACAAAAUGCAUUCAACGAUGUUACUAAACAAGUCAACGAGAUCAUGAAAGAGUGUAAUGACAGCGGAAAAAACAAGCUAUCUGAAGAUUUUGAUAAGAUAAAAAAUCAAUUGAAAGAUCUUUUACAGAGUUGCUUGUCUAAAAUUAGCUUCAUGGAAAGUGAACACAAAAAGCGAACCGAGUUCGAAAGCAAGAAAGAUCAGCUGGCCAAUUGGUUGUCUGAAGCUGAAACAUUGAUUUCUACUGAUAUUCGAGCCAAUAGUUUGGCUGCACUAAAAGAAAUAAAAACUAAAUUUGACAAUCUUAAUAUCCAGUUUGAAACCGCUAAAUACCUACUUAAGGAACAAGAUGCUUACAAAUUAUCAAUAACACCUACCUUGAAUGAGAUGGAUAAAAAUAGUAUGGGAAAUCAGAUAAAACUAGCCUCAGAAAAACUUAACAAUCUCUCUCAAAUAAUGAAAACAAAACUUACUAAGCUCGAUGAGGGCAUACAAGAGUAUGAAGUUGCUCUUGCAAAAAUUCAAGGUUGUGCAGAUUUUUUGCGAAAAGUUCAAACUCAGCUCAGAGAUAUGAAUCGCACUGUUGCAAGUAAGAUUGAAAAUAUACAGGAUUUCUUGAUCGCCUACGAAACUAUUUUGGGCAGCUUGAAGGAAAAGCGCCAUGAGAUGAAUACAAUCCUACUAACUCAUCUUCCUCAACUAAGAGAAAAUGUUUCAAAGCUCGACGAAAUGAUAAAUACUAUAGAGGAGCAGCUGAGACGGUUGAAAUCGGUGCUUCAAAUGAAAGAACAUUUCAUUACAGUUAUGAAUGAAGUUGUUAAAGCCAUAACAACUAUAAAUACCGAUUUUAAUGAAAUCGAUAACAUGUCUCUCACAGUAGAUGAACGUAUUGUUAAAUACAAUAGCUUACUCAACCAAAUAGAAUCAUGCUACGGUACAUUAAGUUUAGCAUCUGAAAAAGGUCGUUUAAUAGCAAACGAAGGAACUGAUCUUGAUCGUCGAAACAUUAUGGACCAAUUGCAAUCCUUACAGUCACAAUUAGAUUCGAUCAAACGAAAUGUCGAAAUUGAACAAGAAAAAUACAAAAAACAACGUUUGUAUCAUCAAACAGUGGGAAAAGAUCUUUCUGUUCUUCUAAACUGGUUUGCUGAAAACGAUAAAACUUUAAAAAGCCGUCCCUUGUUUAGUGAGCAUUUGAAGACAUCAUCAGAACAAAUAGCUAAAGAUGAAAAGUUGAGCUCUCAAGCUAGAUCGAAUUUGAAAAUGAUGGAGGAGCUAUUAGACAGAUUAAAGUUUGAAUCGAAAUUACCUCCUGAUUUACACACACUGUCACAAAAGGCAGUUUCACUGAUACACGAUAUCCCAGAAGAGUUGAUCGCAAGACAAGAAUAUUUGAAACAGAAUCAUAAAUACAGACAGAUAUAUCACGAGAGCCUCCAUGCAAUAAAUGUUUGGCUGCAGGAAGCUGAGCAGUAUUUUGAUAAACCAACAUCGUUCAAAUUCGAUGAAUCGCUGCUAGAAGCUGACAUUCAUGAGCUGGAGAAAAUUUUACUUCAAGAAAUUGACAUAAAAAAUUUGGCGUUCCAUAAAAUCCAAGAACAGGCCGACCAAUUUUGGAAUACUUUGCCACCUUCAGAUCAAGAAAGAUGUCUUGCUUCAUUGCAAUCCUUGAGAACUCGCGUAACAAAUAUAUCACAUAAUGGAGCAUUACGCCAAAACGAAUUGCUUUCCAACAAAAACCUAGUGACUAUAUACUCUAAUCAGCAGGUUAAAUUAGCAGUAUUUCUACGUGAGAAUACUAUGACCGGAAAAAUAUCAACAUUACCUACCUUGAACGCGCGAAUUGAACAUAUCGAUGCCUUAUUAAGAGCUUUCCAGGCGUAUCAGCCAGAGUUGGAUACAUUGAACGAAACGUAUAAUCGUAUCAUCGAGAAAAUCGGCCACCCUGAAAGUGAAAAUAUUAACUUGGAAAACGUAGAAGUUAAUCGCCGCUGGAGAGACGGAAUUACUAUUCUUGAAAAUCUACGCGAGAAUUUGAACGAGCUCCAACAUCAGUCAAAUCAACUGGAGAGUAUUUUGAAUGAACUGGACAUAAAAUCCACUAGCCUUUUGAAUAAAGAUAAGGAUUUGGAUCUGAUAGUACGUUCAAAAGAAGAAAUUGAAUCAAAACAGCGCAUGGUUGAGAGUCUUCUUGAUGACAAGUCGGCUCUUGGUCAACUCAAUACCAAGGCCAAUUGUUUGUCCGAAACAUUGAUUAGAGCACUGCAAGAACAACAAUUGUCUCCAAAAUCAUUGAAAGAGAAGCUGCUUCAUCUCAAUGAAGUUGAUGCUAGGCUCACUGAAAAUUUGAAAUCAAAACAAACGCAAAUAAAGGAAAUUCUGGAAGAUUUGAAUCUCUUCCUAGAAGAUUUGUCUAAACUUCAAACUCAUGUUGAAUGUGCGUUGAAAGAGCUGCAGGAAAUUAAUCCGUUCGAUGAGCAUAUUCGAGACACGGAGAAAAAACUUACAGUGAUUCAAUCAAAAACGGAACAAUACUGUAGCAGAAAUAAAAGUAUUAAUCAAAAAAUCGAACAAAAGUAUAUUACCUCGCAACAGUUCAUACCAUCGGAUCUAGUCAAUCGGAUAAAAUCUCUGGACGAUCUCUUGCAAAACUUAACAGCUAAGAUGGAUGAGUAUAAUAAUAUCUACAAACACGCAAAAGUUGUUCGUGCAGAUUACUUUGUAGUCUAUGAUAGGAUCAAGACAUGGAUUGAAAACGCAGAGCUAGUCACAAGUAAUCACAAUAUUGAUCCUAGCGAGCUGAAAACAAAGUUAAGAGAGCUGAUGAACGAUGCCGAAAAUUUAAGAAGCACUCAUGACCAGCUACAAUUAUAUGGCAAUGAGAUAAUCCAAAAUUGUGUUAAGGAGGCAGACAAACAAGCUAUGAAAACAAAUAUGGAGCAGAUACAAUUGGAGAUGAAUAAAACUAUUCAGUUGGUGGAGGACAAAAAUCGCACUAUUGAAAAGAUUCUAGGAAAUUGGGCGAAUUUUAUGAGACUUUUCCAGUUGGUUAUGGAUUGGUCGAUUAAAUUGAGAGUUUUGUUAGAUCAAAAAAUUCAAUUACAUACUCUUUUUGACGCACAAUCGGCUUGUCAGAACUACUCUAGCGCUGUUUCUACUCUGGCUGAUGUUUCAAGGCACUUGAGCGAAAUGAAUCACGAAUUUGAUACCAUUAACGAUGUUUGCUCGACGGGUUAUUUGAAAAAUAAGCUACAUGAGGCCGAAACUAUGAAAAUCGACAUGGAAACAGUACUGUUCGAAAGGAAUUUAUAUCUCAACGAAACGACGGAGGAGUGGCAACAAUACGAAGAUAAAUUGAGAAGUGUCAAGGCGUGGAUAAAGGAAUCGUACAACACUUUGAACUCCGUUGAACUGAAAAACAAACCGCUGCGAGAUCAACUGCGAGUGAUCGAACAAAUGCUUGCCGACAUUUCUGGUCAAAAAAUGAAAGUGAAUAUGUCACUAGAAAAAAUGCAGGUUCAUUUCCAUUCGGACGUUAUUUACAAUGAUAAUCCGGCCAUUGUGCAUAACGGUCGUUGCGUUAUCGAUGAGCUCGAUAAGCUACACAUGGAUGUGUUCCAAACCACGCAAAACCUCGAUAAGGCACUGGCUCAGGUGGAGGAUUGUCAGAACGAAAUGCAAAGUCUGCGUCAGCGCAUCGUGCAGGAGGAACAGCAGCUUCGAAAUAUUUUAUCACCAUUGCAUCAGGCAGACAACAGUGAUAAACUAGAACAGGACCUUUCUGUCGACUGGAGCGGAUCUGCUACAAUUGAACCCUCAAAUCAUCACCAUCAAGCUAGACAGAUGGAACAGCCAGGUGCUGCGAAUUAUGACAGCUUCGAUCAAGCCUCGUAUCAUAAACAACCAAGAGCACAAUUAGGCACAUCCUCAACAGCUGGAACUGCACCAACUUUUUCAGCAUGGAAUAACUCUAAUUUGACCUACGCCGAAGUCGUUGCUGGUUUAAAAAGAUCAAUUACAACAGCACAUACAAGACACGAAGGCAAACCUCUCCUGCCAAACAGAUUGCAAGAAGCUGUCAAUGUUUCAGUCGGCCCACAACAUUCAACACCUUCCCCCAACAGUUUUUCACAAGAUAUCAUUGAGCAUCUCAUUAAAAAUACGCAUUUGGAACCCUCAGUUUCUUCAAGACAAGAAUCUAAAAGCCAGGAUGAUAAGCCUGGACAUCAAGGAGCCGAGAAAAGUCUUCGGAAACGCAAACCAAAAAAGCAUGCAAUGGUUCAGAAAAAAAUUACUGUUCAUUGUGACGAAAUCGCAAACCGGAAUUCAAUUGAACAAAAUGUUGAUAUUGAAGAAACACGCGCAACAUUAGGUGCAAAUUUAGUGCAAAAAUAUCACACCAGUUUGUCUCAAAUCGAAAAACCACUGAAAUCGGCCGAGCCUGGCAUCUCCAGAGUUUGUGAUGAGGAUGAAACUUAUGCAGCUGUACUUAAAAAUAUACACUCUCAAAAGAAACACGCCAUCGUAUCUAUUGAUAGCCAAAACUUCAGUGAUGUCACCAUUAAUUCUGAAGUAUUUUUUCCACAAGGAAACACACACAGUGAAGGAAAAGACGAAGAAACACCGCAGGAAUAUGUAUCAGUUAUUGAGGAAAAUUCUUCGUUGCACUGUAUCGCGGCGCCUCAGAAAAAGUCGAACGCAAAAAAGAAGAAAAAACACGCUGCAAUAAUGACCACUCCAUCCGAAAAUAAAUCAUCAUUUACUGAUCGCGACAGCGCAUCAUCCAAAACCGCUGACUGUCCACAGCUUCAAAAAGAAAUCUACAUAAAAAAUAUUGUAUGUAUUGCACCUGUCAAUCAACAAAUGAAGAAAAAAGAGUGUAGUAAAACGAUGAAUAAGAGCUGUGAUGUAAUUGUUGAUACAGAAAUUGACAAGUGUAAACAAAUAAAUGACAAAAAGCACAAGCCGAAAAAUAAUAAGCAUAUUGUAGACAAGCAAGAAAAAAACAAAUUAUCCGGUGAUGAGAACUGUGUGUGUGAUAUUACUAUGUCAUCGAGUAGUGUUCUCAACACCACCGAUAGCAAAAUUUCUUCACCAGCUGAAAGUGACCUACAAGCGGCAGGCAUUCCGGCAUAUGAACAUUUGCUUACAGAUAGUCCUGUUGCAGCUGAGAAUACAAGCGUACAGCAUCACGAAGUUAAACAAAUCGAUGAUAAUUUGAGUGAAAAGUCAAAUGCUGUUUCUUCCAAUAUUGAAGUCAAAAGUUACGCAAUAACCACCACACCAAUGAAUGAUCAUCAGAUGCUAGCAAUGGAAACACAUUUUGAAAUAGAUAAGUCGAAAUCUAUUAAAAAACGAAAACCGGCUGAACGCAGACAUGGAUCCGAUUCACGGAACCUUAAUUUCCCCAAACAAGAUUUCACUAUUGAACAAAGAAGAAAUCAUCCAAAACCAACUGAUAUAUUUGUUGCUCUAACAAAUGAUGAUGAAGUAUCGUUGAUCGAGGAUAAAUCAUCGAUGCCUAUAGUCAGUGAAACAAAAAUUACCAUAGAGGUAACUGGAUUAGACGUGAACGGUACUGGUGGUAAAAUUAAAUCACCAACGGAAAAGAUAACAGCAAUGGGCAGAGAUGCUAUAAACGCACAGUUCGCAAAUGCACCUUUGAAGCAGUCACCAAGUGGAGAUGACUCAAACGACUCCUACGCAAUAGAUUCUACUACAGCUGAAUGUGACAUGAUGCUAAACGCAAGCAUUCCGAUAUGCGAAGAUAUGCCGAUGAAUAAAUCUCUGGAUCUAACAGUUGAAAAUAUAAGCAAAAGUGACAAACAUGAUUUACCUGCAAUCCAACUUGUCAAUGAUACAUGCAACAACGAUGGUAUUUCUUUCGCAAUUAAAGAUGCAUCGAUUUUAUCACCAAUGAGUAAACGCCAAUUGCAAGAAAACCUACCAUGCACUUUGAAUAAUGAAUCUGAAAAUUCACACACAAAUAAAUUUGAACCUUCUAAAAAGCGAAAAACAAGUAAACGUAAGGCUACUUCAAUACAAGGGUCAACCAUUGAACAAAUAGUAUGUAUCAAUGAAAAGUCGGAGAACAUAAAUGAUAAAUCUGAAUCAUCAAAAACAAAAAUCUGUGAAAUUCCUAUCCAGAAACCCAGUUCUCAAAGCGAUUCAGAUGUAAAUGUUGACCCUGAUAAUAUAUCGUUAACUCCAGAAAAUAUAACAGAGUCAACAAAGAAUGACAUAAGCAAUCAAACAACAAACGCAGCACUUCGUCUUUUACCUGAUGCAGAAAAUUCGAAAAAUAGGGAUCAGAACCAAAACCAGCGAAAGGGGGAUUACAAUUUCAAGGAAAGUCGCCAAAAAAUCUCAAUGAUAACUCACGAGGAAAUAUUGAUGAAACCAGUAUCAUAUAUUCAUUUAGAGUUACCAGCUGUUGAAUUGUGUGUUACCACAAACGAAACUGAUUUCAGUACCGUUCAUGACGCUCUAACUAUCUUAGAAAGUACCGAAGCUUUGAGUACAGCUGUGAAUCCAGAGAUACAUAUUGCAACAGAAGUUUCUGUUAUCAAGCCAUUAGACAACGACGUUUCUAGUGGGAGUGGAGAAAAACUGCUGGAAAAACAGUUGUCCUUAACAGUAGAGAAUAGUGAAACUGAGCUAAAUGACUUCAAAACUGUAGGCCAUGGUCAAGUGGAAUUUGAUCUUUCAUUGCAGCCGACAAGCAAUGAACAAGAGACAUAUUUCAACAGUGCUGUUGAGGAUGUGGAACCUUCGACUUGUGAAGUAAAGGAAAUGCAAUUACAUAUUUUCACCUCAAAAUCCGCAGCAGAAUAUGUGUGUGAACCUGAACAAAAAAGAGAAGUGCCUUGUCAAUUGGCAGCUAUCGCCCAACCAAGUGAAAUUGCUGUAGAAAUUGAUAAUACAAAAUUAGCUUCUCAAUCGGAGAAUUCAGAUUUCAUCAACUUUGAAUGUCACGGAAAAGUUUCUAUAAAUGAAAUGGUUCCACAAGAUGCAGCAAAUGUACGUGAAGGGCAUGAUUUAAAACUUUUUGAUGCAAAACCUUUAAAUGAAUACUUAGAAUUUGAGCACAUUGAUCAUCCUCAAAAUAAUGGUAGCACGAAUCUAGCACUGAUCAAUUCAAUUGUUGUGUUUAGUGACACAGAAAAUUCAUCCGUUCAGAAAACAUCAAGUUUCAUAGCAUCAGGUAUAAAAGAUUCGAUCAACCAAUACGAUGCAAUAAAAUCACAGUCCGAUUGCACUGUAAAGUGCACCGAACAAGAGAAAAUAUUGGUUCCUUUCGAGGAAGCUGUAGUAGACACAUCAAUUGAGAAAACGGUUCAACCGGAAUCGGUUGCUGAAGCGAAAUGUAUUGCGACUGUUAUUGAAAAUCCUAUGCCAACUCCAAACAUAGAAGCUGAUAAAUUUGUUGCGGAUGUGCCACAAGACCUAUGUCUUGCAACGGAUCGUCUUUCGCAAAGUACAGAACUGAAAAAGAGUUCAGUUCAAUUUGAAACACUCUUAGAAAAAGCAUCCCAUCAUUCUAACUUUGAAACAGUUUUCAACGAAUCCGGUGAUAUGCAUUUUCAAGCUGUUUUUUUAGAUUCGCAAAACUACACAGAUGCUGUCACUCGAUCUGAAGAGAAGGUUUUAAACAAAGAUAAUGUCUCACUUAUUUAUGAAUCAAUAACAUCUGCCGCAAAAGAUGCAGCCCAUACAACUAUCGAGCUAUCAACCCAUUCGGAUGGAUUGAAACAACAAUCAUUGAUUGAAAGAGUAACAGAUUCAUUGUUGUCUUCAAAUUGUCAGAAAAAUCGUAAAGAACAAAUAUUGCACACUCAAUUAAACUUUUAUGAAAAUGUUGAACAAUUAGAAUAUUCAUCAGCUCAUGGCGAAAAUGGACAAAAGGGUAAACAAUUGAUGGUCGAAGAAAAUACUAAAGAAGUAUCUGGUAACAUAAGUGAGGGUUCGAUGAUAAAAUCAUCAGAUAAUUAUGGUGAACUUAUAUUAGGGAAAAGCUGUAGAGAAAAUGUGCCUGAUGAAGAUAUUUCUUCUCAGGAAUCAAGGGAAAGUCCAAUCCUUGAAGGAAAUGAACCGGUUUGUGAAUCUGAAUUACAAUCAACAGAUACUGAGCAGCUUCUUAGCUCUAUGGUAUGCUCUGCCUCUGAGACAAAACCAAUCACAACUAAUGUGAUAGAUAAAGUUGGCACAGUAGAUAAUUUUUAUGAUAAUGCCGAUGGUGAAUCGCGAACAGAUAAUAAUUAUCCGGAAGGUUCAAGUAUAUUGACACCCACAGAACCAACGAUUGAUCAUUAUGAAGUUCAAAUAAUUAGUCAUGUUGUAGAUGAGAUUCCAGAGGAUAAAAAAAACAUUGUUGGUGAGCAGUCUUCUGAAAGAAGCACGGAAUACCUUCUGCCAGUAUCCAAAGCUCAAGAGCUUGCCGAGACGUCAGCAAAUAGCUCAUUUAUUGUAGCAACUACGAGUAUUUCAUACGAGGCUUCUACAAUAAAAAAUGUGACAUCUGGUGAACAAACGGUUUUAGAUAAAUGUUUGGUGAAUCCAAUAGAAGUUAAUGUGUCUUACGAUGUGGAAAAUCGGUCAAACGCAACAGAAGUAAAAUAUUUGAAAACGGAGCUUCACAAAGAUGUCGAAAAUCAUCAACUACAUAAUGUAGCUCAAGAUCAGUACGCAAAUGAUUCUUCAUAUACAAGCAAAACACUCCAACAUUGUGGCUUUGAGCCCGAUUCCUGUAAAUAUGGUUCUUAUUGGAUGUAUAGGGAUGCAGAAAAGACGCUAUGCAACACGAAAUCGCACAAAUCAAACGAAUCUACCGUAGAUAUUCCUGUUGAAGAGAGCCAUAUCAAGAAAACAAUUCAAAGUAAUCAUCCAUCUGCUAGCAAAGCUCAUUCGGUGUAUGUUGAAAAUGUUGAGCAACCAAUUGAAGAAAAACCAAAAUUGCCGGCCGAGAUAGAUCACGGCAAAACAUACAAUAACCUAAAUCGGAUAAACUACGAAAAAUCUUGUACUGAUCUAUACGCUUACUUUGCCUUGGCUGAUGCAGAGAAAAGGUUCAACUUGUUAAAAUCACAGGUCACACAAGUCAGCCCUAGGAAACAAUCAACCGCUGCACAGUCUUCAUUGGCUGAACUAUUGUGUGAAGCAUCGAAUGAAAAAGAUGAAAUACAUAAUUCCACAGAAUCAGAUUUACCAGGCUUGGGAGAUACUGGACACAAUCAAUCGAAACCAUUUAAUCAAACUAAUUUUAUGAAUAUUUCUAAAGACGAGAUUGAAAGUGAUGGAUCCGAUUCCAUGAAAAAUGAAGAGUUAAAAACAACAACUUUAGAUAAUGAUUCAACGCACUGCGCUAGGGAAAUCAAUAACACAUCUUUAACAACUGAUGAUCUUGGUCUUGAUGUUUGAUCUUGAUGUUCAU